UUGCGAGUUCAGUUCUCCAUAGUCCGCCGAAGUGACAACAGGACGACGCGAUGGAGGUGGAUCUAGUGACGGCGCUGGCCCUCGGUGCCAUCAUUUUUCUGGUGUACUACUACCUGUUCAAGAACUACCAGUACUUCCUAACGAAGCCGGUGCCAUGCCCGAAGCCGACCCUGCUGCUCGGAAACACUGGACCGAUGAUCUUCCGGAGACGGGACGUCAGCACCCACGUCCGGAUGCUGUACAAUGCCUUCCCGGAGUCGAAAGUUGUCGGGUUCUACGAUUUGAUGAAUCCGAUCUAUAUGCUUCGUGAUCCGGAAGUGAUCAAGCAGCUGGCGGUGAAGGAUUUCGACAAUUUUACCGACCACACGCCUACGAUGACCAACAGUAGCAGCGAGGAGACGACCGGGGAUUCGCUGUUCGGGAACUCUCUGUUUGCCCUGCGGGGUCAAAAGUGGCGGGAUAUGAGGGCAACGCUGAGUCCGGCCUUUACCGGGAGCAAGAUGCGGCACAUGUUCGAGUUCGUGGCCGAGUGCGGUCAGUCGAUGGUGCAGUUCAUGAAGGCGGAAGCGCAGGCCGGCAAGGAGCUGGAGCUCGAAAUGAAGGAUGUUUUCUCGCGGUUCGGCAACGAUGUUAUCGCUACGGUGGCCUUCGGGAUCAAGGUGGAUUCGUUGCGUAAUCGAGAGAACGAGUUCUACGUCAAGGGCAAGCAGAUGCUGAAUUUCCAGAGCCUCAAGGUGUUGAUCAAAUUCUUCGCUUUGCGCAUGGUGCCUACAUUGGCGCAAAAAUUGGGGAUAGAUUUCGUGGACGCCACUUUAACCAAAUAUUUCAAGGACAUGAUCACGGAUAACAUGGAACAGAGGAAGGCUCACGGGAUCAUCAGAAACGACAUGAUCCACAUGUUGUUGGAGGUUCAGAAGGGAGCCUUGAAACAUCAAAAAGACGAACAAGACGCCAAGGAUGCCGGAUUUGCGACUGUUGAAGAGUCCAACGUUGGAAAGGUCAGCCACACCCGAGUGUGGUCGGAAAAUGAGCUGAUCGCUCAGUGUUUCCUGUUCUUCCUAGCCGGAUUUGACACGAUCUCCACUGGGAUGACCUUCAUUACCUAUGAGCUUUGUAUCAACCCAGAUAUCCAGCAAAAACUGUACGAGGAAAUCAUAGAAACGCACAAAUCUUUGAACGGGAAACCCUUGACCUACGAAACUCUCCAGAAGAUGAAUUACCUGGACAUGGUGGUAUCCGAGGGUCUUCGCAAAUGGCCCCCGGCAGUGGUCAUGGAUCGUUACUGCACCAAGGACUACGUCUACGACGAUGGCCAGGGCACGCGUUUCCUAAUCGAAAAGGGUCGCACCCUCUGGAUUCCAGCCAUUGCCAUCCAGAAUGACCCGAAGCACUACCCCAACCCGGAGAAGUUCGAUCCGGAACGCUUCUCGGAGGCCAAUCGUGCAAACAUCAACGCUAGUGCCUAUCUACCCUUCGGAGUAGGUCCCCGGAACUGCAUCGGAUCACGGUUGGCCCUCAUGGAGGUCAAAUCGAUCCUCUACUACAUCCUGAAAGAUUUCAGCCUGGAACGUUCACCGAAAACCGAAGUUCCGCUCACGUUGAGCAAGAAUUUGUUCGCCCUGCAAGCCGAAAACGGUGUCUGGCUUACACUGAAACCGAGAAAUACCAGUUGAACUGUUGAUAAAUAAAAAAGUUUAAAAUUUA